GAGCUUUGUUCCACAGUGCCAGUUCCUAGGCGGGCGCGCACCGAGCCGUCGAGCGAUUUCUACUUUUACCUGCCUUUCGCAAAAACCGUUUUUUUCCGCAUUUUUAGCAGCGCCGUUUUGAUUUAACCACAAGCUUCGAUGUACAUUAUUCCAAAAAAAUAUUUUUUUGGAUGUAACACAUAGCUGUGUUUCUCGUAAAAUCCUACGAGAAUAUUCAAACGGAAGGCGCGAGCCGGUUGUCAAUAACGCAAGAGUCGCGCGCUUUCAUUUUCACUUUAUUCUCCAUUAGCUACUUACAAAAAGACACUGCUUCACUUUUAAAAGCGAAAAGGGAAUAAGUGUACUUCCGCUUUGUUAGUAAAACCACGUGUUUUGUGUAAAGAAGAUCAAGCAUGGCGCAAUUUCUCGAGGAUCCGGCGAUGCUCACGAAAGAGAAACUGAAGAGUGAGUUAGUUGCCAAUAACGUCCCUCUGCCGAGCGCAGACAGCAAGAAAGACGUGUAUGUGCAGCUGUAUCUGAAGAACCUGACGGUGCGCAACAAGAAGAACAUCUCUGCUCCAGCUCCAGACACUUUCUCCAGCGAUGAGGAGAUGACAGCGCCGCUGCUGACCAACAGGAGCCGCUCGGGGAAGAAAGCCAUAAGAAAGACAGACAGAGUUCGGCCAGAGGAAAACGACAUCUCUGGUCUGACUGAUGAAGAGUUGAAGGUUCAGCUUAUGAAGUAUGGCGUCCAUUCAGGACCAAUUGUUGCCUCCACACGUAAGGUGUAUGAGAAGAAGCUCCAACAUCUCCUGGAGCAUCCACCGCUAGAGAGCAGUCUUCCUGAACCCGAGACCACCAUCCCAGAGACCCUCACCAUCAGAGCAGAAGGAAACCAGAACGGCAACACACAUUCAGCCGAAGAGCAGUACAGUGACAAAGAAGAAGGUCAAAUCAGAGUUGAUCCUGUACCAGAGCCGGUUCCCGUUGUGAUUAAGCCGGUCCGGAGCAGAGGAAAGACUCCUGUCACCAUCAGGACCAGCAGCAGACAGCGCACUAAACAGCAGGUGGAGGAGACGGCAGCAGACACUGAGGAAACAUCUGUGGAUGGAGGAGAUAUUUUAAAGGAAAUGUUCCCCAAUGAACCUGCCACACCAACCGGAAUGACGGUCACAUGUCGGAGGCCGAUCCACGGUGCAGCUGGCCGUCCGGUGAAGCCCCUGAGCCUCUGGUCCGAGGAGUCCCUCCAGCAGCAGAACACGUACACAGUGACCAAAUCUUCCGUCACAGAUGUUCGCAGUGCAACACCGGCCGCCCGUCCCAGACCCCGUCGCUGGUUGGCUUUCUGGUUGAAGCUUCUGGUGUUCAUCACACUGGCUGCGUCUCUGUAUUACGCUUUCCAAUUCAUCACCACCGAUCAGAUCAACGCCUGCCAGCUCUAUGUCCAGGACAAUGUCAUCACGCCUGUUCUCAAGUACAUCAGCUGGGAAAGCCCAGCCGAGGCCGGCGACGGCAAAUGAGGAUUUUCUAGUGCUUCACGGAGCGACACGUCGGCAGGGUUCGGGGAGGGAGGGAUUCUGGUUAUUGCAGUUUGACCUAGCAGUCACAUCUUAAUAGACUCGUGUUUCAAGUAGUCUUUAAAUAUGUUUGCAUCAUGUGUUUUCAUCUUGCUUUCAUCUCGCUUAAGGUUUUUUAGCAUUCGAGACGACGUAGAGAAAUGUAGUAGUGAGUGACUGGCUAAUAGUGAAUCAUUCUCUGCUCAGUGGCAUCACAACGAGAGGUUACAUGCCAAGACAUGGCCAAUACAAGCACAGUUUGGGUUCACACACAUCGGGGCUAGAGGGAAAAGCCUCAGGCUGAAUGUUUCCGAAAAUGGGUUAUUUGAUGGUUGAGACAUUUUCCUGAAUAAUCAUGAAGUUUUUAUUUUUAGCAUAAUAGGGUGAAUCUCGCUGAAAAUAUGUGGAUCAUAUAUAUAUAUAUAUAUAUAUAUAUAUAUAUAAAAUUCAUAACACACAAAUUUAAUUAUCAUUAUCAUAAUGUGAAAAAUCUCAUUUUGAUUAACGUAAUGCAAUUAAAAAAAAUCUAAUUACCAUAAUGCAAAUAAAUAAAAAUCAUUACGAUACUUAAAAAAAAUGCAUUUUCAUUACUGUAAUAGGAAAAAAAAUCACUGUUAUGCAAAAGAUUAUAGCAAUCUGAUAUAUUUUUUUUGCUUUUAAUAAGAUCAGGGAAGCCACUGUAUACACUUAAUUUACAUGUAAAUAAUAUAAUGUUAUUUGCAUUUCAGUAAUGAGAAUUAAGUGCCAAGUUGAAAGUAUUUAAAAGAAUCAACAAGUAAUAUUAAUGAUUUUGUGGUGAAAUAUUACUUUUUCUUGACAGUUUUCGUGAUAAUUCACCGAGUAGCAUUUGGUUUUUAAUGAUUUUGUUGCAUUGAAUUUUUCAAACUACUGAACUCCGACCUCAGAUAAUGCUUGGUUUUAGGACUACACAUAUUGAUCAGUAUUGAUUUUUUUUUCAUCCAGAGCUUGAAGGAAAAUGUGAUCUCAUGAAAGUCUCAUGUAGCAAUUAACACUUCACUUCUGGUGAGAAGUAGUCUGUUGUUUUACUUUUAAGUAGAUUGUGGCGGCUUGUUAAAUGUGUUUGUGAUGUUUUCAUAUUGUGUUGUGUGGCAUUACAGGCGAUAUUUUAAACCCGUGAUGAGAACAGUUACCUGUUGUUGACUGUAAUCAGACCGUCUGUUAUUGCUAAAACACUGGCAUACAUCUGACUAAACUAUGAUUUCAUUUCUGUGCUGUGAUUUUUUUGGGGGAAAAAAAACUUAUUUACUGAGUAUAUCUUCAUUACAUUCAGAAAAUACAUUUGUGAUGGACAAAUUCAUUUGAAGGGGUUUCUUUUUAUUUUUUGCUACUCCGUUUAAUUACUUUUUAACCGCAAUAUUUUUCUAACGUGUUCUCUGAAAUUAAAAACUUUUUUUAAAAAGCAGUGAGUUACUUCAAAUGUAGAUAUACCGAAUCCACUAAGCACUAAAUAACAUCUUAGUUUUGUCCUGCUGUCAAAGGCAGUGAGAGGUAUAAAGUCCCGUUUGCACUUUGUAUUUAGGCAGCUAACUGUGGAAAACUGGUCAAACAGAAUGAAUUAUUUAUCCUUGAUUCAUUACAAUUCUUGUGUGAAAUAAAAGAAGACCUUUUUAAAUCCC